AUGCAGCAGCCGUCGCCAUCAGAAGAGACGGCCAACCUCCUCGCGCGGCUCUCCAAUCGACCGGGCGUCCAGGGUACCUUGAUCUUGUCGCGUGACAACGGUGCCAUUGUGCGAUCAUCUGGGCUUGUGACUGAAGAGGAAGAAGUGGAAGGAGACAUCGUGCCACCGGGCAGCAGCGGGGGUCAGACAAAUGGCGUUGACGGCGAGGUCAAGAAGAAAGGCACAAGGAGGGCUGAAGAUGUCGCCAUGUUGGUGUGGAAGUUUGUGCAAAGCGCCGGGACAAUGGUUGAAGAGCUGAAUGGCGAGUCUGAUGAGGCCAAACUUUUGCGUAUACGGACCAAAAAGAAUGAGCUCGUGGUUGUGCCUGACUCGAAGUUUCUCCUCGUCGUUAUUCACGACACUCCUCCCGCUUGA